AGUUUCUCUCCCAACUUCACAUGUUUUUACUCGAAACAUCACAUUAUUUACUCGAAACAUUUGACUGCUUCCCGCCCUGCAGAAACCCUACAUUGAGGAAUCGCCGACACUCACCUGCAUCAUGCCUCAGAACAGCGACAUCGAGAUGCAGUACAGGGCUGCAGAAUCCAUGCAUGCUCACCAAACGCCAAACGUCACUGCCGCCCCGCAGCAGCAGCAGCAGCAGCAGCAAGGAGCUUCCGAGCAGCAGAAUUUGAACCUGAGGGGUGGUGGCAUGUUGCUGGAUCUCUGCGCCUGCUUCAUCUGCUGCGAAUGCAUGGAGGGCUGCUGCCACGGCAUUGAGGACUGCCUCUGCUGCUGCUGUUAACCGGGGGAUGGCAUGGGGAAGUGAACGGGAGGGCACACAGGGCCAGAAAAGACCAGAAAGGGUGCUGAAGGAGAAGGCGGAAUUCAGUCCUAGUCAUUCGUGUCAUUCCAUCUUACAAUAAUAAAUUAAUACCAGAACCAUUAAAACCCAAUCACGGCGCAGUCCACCGCACCCAACACUCCGUCGUCGCAGCCGCAGCCGCAGCCGCAACAGCAGCCGCAACCAACGGCGCCGCAACAUACAUCUCCUGCAGGCCCUGCACCAACCUAACCGGCACCUGCCCAGUCAUCUCCUCCGCCGUCCCCCCACCACCCCAUCCCAUAACCGCGGCCCAAGCCUGCACAGCCUCGACGCCCGCCCCGGACCCCAGGCCCGGCGCCGUCCAGAGCUCCUGGACGGCCUCCCAGGGCUUAGCGGGGUCGUCGGGCGGGGGCGGGGCGGGAGCCACGGGCAGCCAAGCCGGGUCCUCUUG